AUGAAAAAAAUUGAAAAAAAAACCUCAAAAGAACAAAGCAAAGAAAAUUUUCAUAUUUUCGAUUUUGGUCAAAUAGAACAAUGUGACCAAUCUGAAAAUAUUGCAAAAAAUGAAAAUAGUAAAAAAUACGAGCACAAUGAGAAGGAAAACUAUAGGAUACAGGGUAAAAAUGAGGGAAAUGUAAAAUCAAUUAAUAGUACAAAUAAUAUAGACAAUAUUCUAAAAAGAGAGGAGUUAAUUUCUCCACAAUCGCCAUUAGUAAAAGAAAAUGAAGAAAAUAUAGUAGAAGAUAGAUCGAUGAAUACUCAGUAUGAUAUCGAAGAAAAUAUUCAUAAGAAUCAAUAUGCUUCGGAGGGGCAUGAAAUUGACGAUUCGUAUCAUUUUAAACAUGAUGACAAUAAUAGUAGUUUUACACAGGGAAUAAAGUUAAAAAACAAACAAAUGAUGAGCAAAAAACGAAUAAGUAAAUUAUUUGGGUCAGAUUAUACUAGUAAUAAAGAAGAUGUGUUACACAUAAAUAAAAAUAAGAAUUUGGGAAAGGAAAACAUAAAAGUAGACAUGAGAAACUUCGUUUUUCCAUCUCAAGAAAAAGAUGUAUUUGAAUAUAUUCCUGAUACAUCGAAUUAUUCAAUAUGUCAUAAUAAUUCUACUGAAUUAUAUAAAGAUAUAGUUAACAUGAAUAAACAUUUUUUGGACGAAAUUAAUAUUAACAUAUAUUCAUCGCCAUUAGACACAUAUUUAUCUAGUACUGUGUCAAAACAAGAUAAUGGAAAAAUAGAAAAUAAAAUUUUAUCAUCCGAGUACGGAGAAAAAAUAAUAAAUAAAAAAAGUAUUUCAUUAGAUGAAAAAAAUGCCAAUCUCAUAACUAAUCUUAAUGGAAAUAAAAAUGAUGUUAAAAUUUUCAAUAAUGAUAAUAAUGCAAUUUUAGAUGAAAGUGAAAACAAUAAACCUUUAUAUUUAUACGAAUUUUAUAAGAACAAAACAUUUAGAUGUUACAAUAAUGGGGUUAUUGUAGAAAUCGACCCUUCCAAAAUUCGAUAUAAUGACGCAACGAAUUAUGAAUAUAAUAAUAACUUGAGUUCUUAUUUAAAUGAUCCGUUAUCAUAUUUACAAAAAUUAAAAUGUGAAAUUGAAGAUAUGAUGGUAUAUAUUAACGAUAUAGCUAAAAAUAACCAAAAUGACGAAAAUGCAGAAAAUGGUGAUACUAGUAUCAAAAAAAACGAAGAAAACCAAUUAGAUAAAAACGAACUAAUAGAGCAUGAACAAAUUGUCAAAAAAAUUAUGCAUAAUAGAGAACCCCCCGAAGUUUUAUUAGAAUUAUUUGCACUCAAAAAUGAUAUUAAUAACAUUUUAAAUGAUGAUAAAUUAGUCAAAAUCUUGAAAAAAAAAAAUGUGAAAAAGCAAAAUGAUAUAUCAAAGGAAUUUACUAAUAAUAAUGAUUCUAAAAAUGGGGAAAUUAUUUAUGAAAUGCUAAAAAAAUUGCAAAAUGAUGAUACUUUCAAUGACUUUAUCAAACUAAACGAUGAAAAAACUUCUGAUGACGAAAAAAUAAAAGAUAUUGAUUCUUUUAUGAGAAAAAUUGGAAUAUAUACUCUUAAUAGUGCCAAAGAAAAAAAUGAUGAAAUAAAAGAUGUUCAAGUAAAAGAUUUGCUAAUACUUGAAAGGAAAAUUGCACACAUGGAAAAAAUUUUAGGAGUUGAAAAAAUGUCUAUGCUUCCAUAUGAUGACCUAAAUCAUGCCAUAUUAGAUUUAUAUAAUAAAUUAAGCUUAUUAGAUUCUAGUAAAUUAGAAAAUGUAAAAAAAAAAAUGCAAAAUCUUCAAUCAGAAUUUCUAAAUUUAAAAAAGUUUAAAAAAGAUGUAUUAAAUAUAACAAAAGAAAAGGGAAACUAUGAAGAAUCAAUUGAUGAACUUUUUAAAAUUUUAGAUGUCUGGAAAAAAACACAUCAUAUGAUUCCUAAUCUUUUAUCCAGGCUUCAACAAUUGAAGAAAAUACAUGAUAAUGCCCAGUCGUUUUCUACACGACUAGAUGAUUUAGAAAAGCAACAAUCGAAAUUAGAUAGUACCCUAGAAGAAGCACAAAAAAACAUAGACCUUGUAAACUCGAAGAUUAGUCAAAAUGCAAAUUUAUUACAAGACAUGUUAAAAAAAAUAGAAAUGCAAGAAAUAUCCUUGCAAAGUAAUAAUUAA